UGUGGACAAGCAGCGAGGACACUCUGAAUGGUGUGGCGUCAUACUCACUAACUACCGGUCGAAUAAAAGCGGACGGGUAAAGCCAACGUCCUUCUUGAAAGGGACCUGCCAUCUCAAUGGAAGAGGAUUUUGUAUUUAGAAUUUCCCUGGUUCUGCUAUGUAUUUCAUUACUGCUAUCCAUGAUCGUUUUGUUUCUAAUUGUACGGCUUGCAAAAAUCCAUCAUCAAGUUGAUUCCAUUUCCAAAGGAUGGAGCGUUUAUUGCAGAUUAACACCCAACCAGAAAACGCCAACGACCACACAAAAUCAACCAGAAGCCCAAGACACAUGCUCGCCACUUCCAUUGGUUUUCUCUAACCAGCAAGCUGCAGGUUCAGGUAUCGUUAACUCCUGGAAACAUAUCAACAGAGCUUUUGCUUAUGCAUCAGUCCGUUCCGAUGUCGAUAGACCUCGCCCGAAAACAGAAGAAACAGAUUUUGUGUUGCACGUAGAAGAUAACAAAUCAGAUGACGAUUCCAAGACGGAAGAACAAACAGUUCGAAUUUCCGAUGUCCCAGUGGCAUCAUACCUGCAGAUAAUUGGUAAUAGCUCAUCGAUCGUGGCAAUCUCUACCAGUGAGUGCCCCAUAAAGGAUAUAAAGCAGGACAAAAGAAGAAUUCAUAUCAGCGUAAGCAAUGCCGAUGAUGAUGAUGAUAACUACCCAGAACCCCUUGAAGAUUGCGCACAAGCAGAACUUGAAACGAUGCCUUUAGUGGACGAGGAGGAUUUGGGUAGCGAAGAUUUGAAAAUCUGCAGCAAAAAUGAAGCAAAUGAGCAGCAUAUCAGUUUAAAGAAAAAUGAUAUCUCGGAGGCUACAAAAGCAUCAGGCACAGUCAAAUCUAAAAGCUUAGUUUCGAUUGAGGAGAACAGGGAAAAAUCAGCUGAAUUUUUCAUCGAGUUACAUAAUGUGACGAAUACUAAGUUUCACGAACAAUACAAUGGAAAAUCGUCCCAAGAGAUGGAGACUGAGAACAAAGUAAACGACAGGGUAAUGGAUGGCACAAAGUUACCAAAUGAAAAUGAACAUGGAUAUGUCGCGGUUACCCAUUCAGAUGAAUCACUUGCAUUAUCAGAGGACAGUAAGAAGGCGAUGUCUUGUAUUGGCGACGAAUCUGAACGCGUUAUUUCUACAAAAACUCGGCCAAAAGGGAAACGGCGCCGUAAAAAGAAGAGUGUCACGGAUGGCAUCCACUUUGAUGGAAAGAAUGGGUCCGAAACUCAAAAAGAGGUGGCGCAAGUGGAUAAUAAUAUAAAUGAAGAUAAAAGUGGAAAGUGCGUGGAGCAAAUGGGCAAGACCUGGCUUAGCAGUGCUACUGAUUUUCAGCAAACACAGCAACAUGCUGGAGAGAAAGUGAAAAAUAGUGCAUUCUCAGAUAAUGAUGAGUAUGAAAUCGUCAGCUACGUAGACCAGUUUGUCGUCAACAAUGUGGGUACCAAUGUUCCACUCACCCAGGAGAACCACGAUCGGAGUGUUUCAGAAAGCGAUGGGAAAAUGAAACCAGAAGAUGGAAUGCAAGAAAAAUGCAAGGAUGACCAUGCUACUAAUGAAGAUGCAACGGAAAGUAAUGGGUCAUCUGGCAUUGUUUCGCAACUCCGAGACUUGCUCAAGAGGAAGUCGCUCACUGACUCGGCUAAUUGUGUUGACAGAGAAAAUAAAAUCACGGUGGAACCUGAUGCUACCGAGUCCUUCAGUAAAGAAGACUAUUUAACAGUUGUUCAGGAAAGUGAAGUUCACGAGAAAUACGCAGGCGAAGAGAACUACUCCACAGCAACAGAUCUUGAUGAUCCUCAUUGCACAGCUGAGCAAAUUUACUCUAAUGUUGAUGACGGCAACGAUGAUCUAUACUGCGAAAUACCCGCCCCAGCGCAACCAGGCGUGAUUUACGUCAACCACGACGACAAUCAGUAUGUUGGUGAUGAAUUUUCCGACAAAGUUCCUAUUUACGCCAACAUCGGCCUUCCACACGGAACAACCAUGUUUUACGGGAACGACGCCCUUCAAAGCGAGUACGAAUUUGCGAUCUAUAGUAACGAUGCAAUUGAUGUUUAGUGUUAAAGCAAAGGCACCUGAAU